GACAGCUGCUACGCGUGCCAUUAAAUCAGCUGUUUUGGUCAUCAGAAGAACUUGGCCAGAAGAAUUUGGUUUUAUUUUUUAACAAUUAGCAGAGCACAUCCGCCAAAAUGAGCCAGAAGCAUAGGUAGUGAUAUCAAAGUGUAUUAUGGAAACGCUGCCAUGUGCCAGCGGAGUGGCGCAAUUGCAGGAACACCAGCAGCAACAACAACAAUCUGAUAGCCUUGUCAACAUAAAGCGCGUUUCGCUUCCAUUUGUAAGUCACCACAGCCUUAUGGACACGGUGAUGACCAAAGCUGACGAAGUGGGCCAUAUUCUAAAGGAGAAACCACAACACACAGAAGCACUGGUGAAUAGUUCGGCCCAGCUCCUGAAUCUCAGCAGCAUGGAUAGCCUCUGCGAGAGUGUGGUGAAUAUACCCAAGGAGCUGAUCUUAAUAUCGUUAGUCUCCCAGGAGCAGGCGCUCUACAAUCCCAAGCAUCAGCUUUACAGGAGCACCAAAAGCAAAGAUGAAAAAUGGAGCGAAAUCGGCGUCCAUGUGGGCUGGACUGACGCGCAGUGCAAGGCCAAGUGGAAGGCAAUGAGGGACCAAUAUUGCCGAGAACUAAAACGCGCCAAAGCAAAUACCAAAGGCAACGUCAAGUGGAAAUACUUCAAGGAACUGGACUUUCUGCGUCCGUAUGCGCUGGCACGCAACUAUCGUUCACGAGGUGCGCAGAACGGCAAUGCCAUUAUGACUGCAGUGUCGCUGCCAAAUGUGAUCACAGCCAACACAGUCAGCAGCAACAACAAUAACAUCAACAACAGCAACAACAACAACUCCUUUAGCAACAGCAACAGCAGCAGCCAAAAUUUAAAUCUGUCCGCUGAGCCAAGCAAAUUUGCCAACAUUAAAAUCGAGGAAAGCAGCGCUUCGCUGCUCGAGAAUUGCAGUUUUGUGCCAACAACAACAACGGCGACAACAGCAACCGUAACUGCAGGUGCCGCUGACAAGAAAACGGACUCAAAUCGUGGAUUGAUGAGCGCCUUUUUAGCUGGCCAGAUUAUACAACAGCAGCAACAUCCACAGUCACAUUCACAGCAGGACACCAACUGGAACUAUUUGACCGAUACCAAUGGGAAUGGCGUUAGUUCUGCCACAUCCAUAACUGUUACUUGCGAGACGAACAACACAACUGCAGGCGAUACGCUGUACAACGAGCUUGUAGAUUGUGUAAAUGCUGCCAACGCUGUCAAUCAAUCGUCGACGCACAAUCAUCAUCAAUCCAAUGCCGAUGAGGAGGACGAUGAUCCCAUACACACAUUUCUCAACAUGGAGAGCUACUUUGAAAAAGAACUAAUUACACUGAUACAGCAGGAAGACAUGAUCUACAACUAUAGUAAUCAAAACUAUCGCAAUGUCAAACUGAAGCUCGAAGUGUGGGAUGAAAUAGCGCGUAAGCUUAAAAAGCCGGUUAAGCAAUGUCGGCAGAAGUGGAAGGCACUUCGAGAUCAAUAUGCACGCGAGUACAAACGUCUGAAAACGCAGCCCCAUAUGGACGCCAUAUCACGCUGGAAACACUACGAUUCCCUGGGUUUUCUGCAAAAGUAUAUACAGCAAAAAUCACUUGAUGGUGAUGCGCUAAAUUUGCUACUGCCCAAGCACGAUCCAGUGACCGAACUGGAGGAGCACAUGGCUCAAUCCCCCUUACGACACGCAGAGCCACAGUCAAACACUUUGGAGGCUUCGCCCAGUAGCUCCUCCCAACUGAAUAUGCCAACACUUCCGCCGCUGACAGGUCCACACAAGGCAGAGCUGUCCAUAUCGAUGCAGCAGCAGCAACAGGAGGUACAGCAGCCCAGUGAGCUCUGUGUGGCAAGCUAUGAUGAAAUGGAUAUUGAAAACUAUAUAAACGGCGAUGUGACACACGAUGAUGAGGAGGAGGAGGAAGACGAGGACGAGGACAUGGAAGUUACGGCAACACAAGAGCAACCAACACAACAACAGCAUAUUGUCAGCUAUGAAAAUGAUGAGGAUCAGGUCUACAUGGCCGUACAAAGCGUCAGCAAUACGCUCUCCAAACCGGAGCAGUUAAAUAAAACUGGUAGCAACAUGGAGGCUCAGCAACUUCAACAACAGCUCCAAACUGGAAGUGACUAUUCCCAAAAGCUGGAGGUGCAUACGCCCACAUCGACAAGCACACGAUUUCAAAAUGCGGCCACCACGCCAUCAACUCCUAGUCAGGUCGCCUUUCCCAUGGCAGCCGUCUGUUCCGCUGCUGCGGAGGAGGAUGAGAUCGGCGCCUUUUUUAAAGCCGUAGCCAUGAAGAUUCGCAACGCACAUUUGGAGCCAGUAGCCUUUACGGAUCUACAGAUUGACAUACUGCGGGUCAUUAACGAGGCCCUGCGCAAUCACUAGCCAUAACUGAAGAGAUCUCGAUGGACAACAACAUAAAAUGGUUUCAAAGCGUUGCGCAUUAUUAGCUCUUAGGUGUUAUUUCAACAAUGUUUUUUAGGCUUUUUAGCUUGAUUUUCUUUGUAAAAUCUUUUAUUUACUUUGUCACUUUUCAAUUCGGAACACAUACACAAGUGGACACACACAGACACACCCAGCAACAUAACACAACAUAUGCAUAAGAGCCGAAAGUGGUUUUUUUUGUACAUAGGCAAAAUUCCCAAUCAAACGAAAAUGAUUUUUAGCUUUAGGGUGCUUCCGGUAAACAUAACUGGAACUAAAACACAAAAUUGUUAUAAGCCUUCGUAACCGUAACAAUAUCAUCUAUAUAUCUACGAAAUGGAACAGCAUGGACAAACUAAAAAAAUAUAUAUGUAUAUUUUUCAAAAAA